CUAGGGUGAUCAAUUGCAGAAACAGCGGAUCCCUUCGUUAACCUUGCGACCCCAGUUGUAAAACAAGUCCCCCUACUAGCACAGGUUUUCAUUCGCAGGAGCCACGACAAUAUUUAAUUAGCAUACUUUAUUUCUUCGAAGAUGUUUCUUUGGAGAUAAGUGAGCAGUCGUGACCGUGACGCGUCUUCUACCUCUACUACGUGGUAUGAUGUAGUUCCCUUUAAAUUUUCCGUAGUUUAGAGAAAUAUCAAGUCUUCGGUCUCUCUCGGUUCAUCAACAUCCUAAUUUUCCAUUUCCGAAACAAGGCAUGAUAAAGGAGUACGUGGCAGUGGCUGGUCAUCUAUUUUAUAGUUGUUGUUCAUCUUGCAUAAUUUAGAAGCAUGAUGAUGUUGUCGAAAAGAAAAAGAUGACUAAUUUAUCGUCCGAAGACCCAUGCCCAUCCCAGCUCUGCUGUUGGAUCCGUUCCGCCUACAGGCUACAUGACAAUCCGGUUUUACACGAAUACCGGAAAGCCUGUACAUCCGGAACUUCUUCACCUGGCACGAACACGACUCUGAUACUCGAUACCCACAAACUUGAGCAUGAUUUGGCCAAGAAAGUGUUUGGCGCGACCGACGUCGGCACGUUGAGGUGUGACUUUGUGGAUCGGGGCGUGGAUGAAUUCGUGAGGAAACUCUCAGCGUCCGGAAGACAAGAAGGUCAUCAUGUUAGACGGUUUGGCUUCGAGGUUGAGCCUAUUCUUGCGUCCCUUGAUGCGUCAUCUUCUCCGUCUGAAGUCAUCGAGUUCGAAUUUGAUGGAGGGGCUACCGACUCUGAACAACCUGUCAUCUGGCCCGACAGCGGAAAGCUCCGUGCGUUAACAUGCGAAGUUACUGGAAGGUUAGCAGGCUUGGUGCUGAAGCGGAUAUUCAGUCCACCAGGUAGUUGUGGCGAUGGUGCCAGAAGAACUGCUCAACAGUUGUUCUUCGAUCGCCUACAUGAUCCACAUAACAUGCGAGAGGAGAGCGUUGCUCUGGGAAACCUACGACAACAACUACAAGGUGGAUCUUCUGGGAUUGUAACUACCGGUAUUGGUUGCCAUAACCUAAUUCGAGAUAUGGAUGAAUAUCUGGCGAAAGUGGAUGGGCUGUUGGUUGACUCGUGCCAGAACAACGGCGAGACUUGCUUGCGAUUGGACAGAUUACCACUUGGAUUUGGCCCUUUUGUGAAGGUCUUGCAUCGAAAUUGGGAUAGCCUAUGCCCAGAGCCGGUCGAGGAUGUUUUGGAUGUGGUAAAUGCAAGUCGAUCUUCACGUAACCGACUCGAAUCAAGCGAGGACAAUAAAUCUGAGGAGAAGAGCACGCAGGGUUCGGGAGAUAACGAUGGAAGCACAAGCACGGCGAGGGCGACUGAUGUGAAGCAAACUAAGCAAGGCCGAUGGGGUCGGCGGAAGAAGCCAAUUGGUGGAGGAGAAGGUGAGGUCCAGCCAGCUGCAACAGAUGCUGGUGCCGCUGCGUCUAUUGCGACCACGAAGAGUCCAAUCGAACAAGCACGACGACCGCUACCAGCAGAAGCAGCAGCUACUACUAUAGCAGCUCCUCUAUUCUCGUCAACAGAAAGAGUUCCAGCUGUGAUGGUACGUUUCAAGCGAAGCACCACGACAAAGAACGUUAAAAGUGAUGCCGCAAGCGCGAACGGAGACAACGCAUCUCUCCUGUAUUUCAAGAUACGACUGGUCGAACGGGACAACACAGUGGAGACAAAUGGACCAACCCCGAGUGCCUUUACGCACUUUCCUCCAGGCGAAGACGCCGGUCUGGAAAAAUUUCGAAAGAAUGUUGUGUCACGUGAAGAUUGGGUUCGAAAAUUCAAGAAGCCCUUGACGAAUCCUAUGGCUUUGGAACCGGCUACCUCUGGUUUAUCACCCUAUCUGGCCAAUGGCUUUCUCUCAGUGAGAACUGUCGCGCAGUGGUUGAGGCGGCAGCAAAUGAUGGAUGAACAGGUCUCUUCACAGCAGGCGGUGGCGGAGGGAGGAUUUUCUCCCGCAGCGAGGGGGAAUGGGUGGCAAACGAUUAUGACAUACAACUGAGUUGUAGCUCAUCUACUAUGUAAAAUAAAACAGCUUGUUGAUGUAAGUAGUAGAGUAAAAAGAUCUUCACGUGGACGUGGUGCGGGGGUCGUGUACCUCUAGUUUAUUAAGCAUCUUCAAGUGAAGAACUGCAAGAAUGUUGUUCAUUCUCCUCUAACGGGAUAAAGCUGAAAGAACCACCAACGCAACAAAGUCUACUGGGACAGCUCUGUUGGCGAGAAUUUGCACAUUUCCUUGGAUUUGCGAUCGGACCUGGAUUUGACACGAUGAUUGCCAACCCCUUCUGCCUUCGGUACCAAAAUUGGAAACAGAUUGAUAGGGAGACUGCCGCGACGUAUUUCUUGGCAACUACGAGGAGAAGAACUGGCACUGGUGAGGUAGAGGACACGACGUCGGAAGUGUUGGAAGUGACAACUGCAGCAACAAGUGCUGGCCGUGCGACUCCUGUCCUCCCACCACCAGCGGUUCUUGCCGGUAUUGGCCAACUCCGGACAACAGGCUGGAUCCACCACAUCAUGCGACACAUGUUAGCAUGUUUCAUCACGCGUGGUUGCCUCCGCUUGCACUGGGAAGUUGGCAGGGACUUCUUCCAUGCACAUCUACUCGAUUAUGACUGGGCCAUCAACGCCUCUCAGUGGCAAUGGCUCAGUUGCUCCAUGCUUUUCUACGCUUUUAACAGGGUGUAUCACCCGAUUGGCUUUGCGAAGAAAUGGGACAGAAGUGGAGGGUUUUUGAGGCACUGGGUCGAGGAAGGAAGCUCGAUGAAAAACGGAACCGCAUCUUCAAAAAUGGAGGACUUUGAUGCAUGUGCUGCAAAAGGCAUAGAAAGUCUGAAAGCCGCUUUUUUAGGAUCCUCAGCUGCAAAACAGAAUCCACUUUUCUAUGCAGCGAUAUCACAGCAAGCGUGUGAUGAAUGGAAAAAAGAAGAUCCUGAAUUCGCGUCAAAGUUGACUCAAAGAAGAAAAGAAGCGUUAGAGAUAUUGCGUAAAGAUCCAAGUCACGCGUUCAUUAUAUCAAAGAUACCUAGAUGAACUAGAAGUAUGAGAAUCCAAGUUGCUUAAAGGAGUCGAGAACAGCAUGUGUCAACUUCGUACUUUUUGGUUGGAGCAGCAGUGCACUUUUCGUU